AUGAGGCCAGGGGGGAUAGUGCUGGCGUUGUGGGUGGUGCUGGGGGCUGCGACAGGGCAGCAGCCCAGCUUGCCGACCAUCACAGAUAAAGCCUUCAUGGAGGAGUGUGUGCGCCUCCACAAUGACUACCGCUCCAAGGUCCAGCCAGAGGCCAGCAACAUGCGGUACAUGACUUGGGAUGCAGCUUUGGCAAGGACUGCAAGGGCAUGGGCAAGAGAAUGUGUUUUUGAACAUAAUGUAUAUUUAACAGAGAGAUACCAGUGCCAUCCUAAUUUCACAUCUGUUGGAGAGAACAUUUGGAUUGGAAGUGUUCAAGCGUUUAGUGUUGCUGGUGCCAUUAAAUUGUGGUAUGAUGAGGUCGCGUUCUAUAUUUUUAAUGUUCAUAAGUGUUCUAAGGUCUGCGGUCAUUACCUUCAGGUUGUUUGGGACUAUUCAUAUAAAAUAGGCUGUGCUGUUACUCCGUGUAACAAAGUUGGAGGAAUACGAAAUGCAGCAAAUUUUGUUUGCAACUAUGCACCAAGUGGUAAUUUGCCAAGAAGACCAUAUAUAAAAGGAAGAUCAUGCAGUCAUUGUGCAAAAGGGGACACCUGUGAAAAUAACCUGUGUAGAAAUGUAGAACGCGAUAAACUUAUCUAUUAUUCAGGAUGGCACCCCCCUUGGGAGUUCAGCAUCACAUGCAAUGAGGCUUGUGUCGGUCUUGUGGUUUUGAGAAUAGUACUGUUACUUCUUGCUUUUGUCUCAGUUUAUUUUAUCAGAAACUACUUUACAGACAUGCCUAUAAACACCUAAUUGGAUUUGAAACACACAGUAUCUUCUGAAGAUAGUUGCUAAUGAAAUAAGCAAAAAAGUCGUACUGAUUUGACAUUAAAGACAACUUUGACAGUAA